CGCUCCUUGCAAACCACGUGCGCAGCUCCGUGACAGCUCCGUUCUAACGGACGUUCAGAAUAUACGGAGCUACAGUACGACACGGCAUUUCGUUUAUUGUGAUCGAACUCCUUAACAUUUCCGAAGGAACUGAAGAUACUUUUAGUCGAAAAUUAAGUUUUUAAGGGAACGUUGUUCGAAGAGGACUGGAACUCGAAAGUGCAAAUUGUUUAUAGUUAUAAUACACACUUUUUAUAUACUAUCGUGAAGCUAAAGUUGAAAUUUUAAAAGUGGUAUCGCGCGAGGCACGAGCGAUAAUGCAUGUUGCAGAUAGGCGAUGUUGUUUAAACUAUCGGAUUCAAUGUGGAAUUUCUCUUCGGUAUUAAUACGAAUAAAGUGUUGAUCCGACAAUUACGAGUAGCACCGAUAAAUCGCAAAAACACGUUUUAAACAAUCUGUAGAGAUUCGUCGAUAUUACAAAUUAAAAUUUUGUCACGAAGACUUGGCUACGUGCCCUCGACGGUUAUCGCAGCUGAGACUUUCGUUAGCAACUCUUAUCGUGCUUACGAGAAUAACCUGACCGCACAGCGCAAAUAUUAUGAAUGCAGGAAUCCUCAAAUCGUGUUGCGAGUUAAAAUUGCGAUGCCUGCUAAUCGGGACCCAAACGUUGCGAAUCUCGAAGUACAUUCGGAUAGAAGUGUCGCCAAGGACGAAUGAAAUUCUUCGAAUUUCUUGAAACUCAAAUUUCCACGAAUACCUAUACUUCCUUCUAAUCUAAAAACUAAGUAAAACUAAAGUUAACAAGAAAUUAAACGAGCGAAAGUAACUCAAUCGGUGCGUGAUUGAGUCGGCAACGUACAAAGUGAGUGGACCGUGGUAAGGUAAGAAUGCAAGGCGGGUAAAUUAGUUGCGGAACAGGUACGUUUGCGACAAGAAACGGAAUAAUAACGACUGUGACCGGAAGAACGAGGAAACGAGAGACGGAGAAGAAGAAGAAACAGACGGAAGGAGGUGGAGGAAGGUGUUCUCUUAUUUGCAAAGCGACUGAACGUAGACGUAGAUAACCACUGCGGCGAGAUAGAAGAGGAACGGAGAGAGGAAGUGACACGAUCGUAACACGACAUAGAAUAGAACGAAGAGGAAUCACGAAUAAAGAUAGAGGAGACGCAAGAAAGAAAGAGGAAGAAAGAACAAGAGAAGAAACGAGUUUGGCAGAACGAGAACGAAGGAAGGAAAGAACGAUCUGUUAGAGCAAGGGAAGGGAGCGAAGAGAGAGAAGAUUUCUGGGCACGCGCACUCCACCUGCUAGCGUGUAGUGGCACGCGCCAUAUCCACCCCCUCCGCUGCCGUGGACGUUCCGUUCCCCUCGCCGCGCGGCAGCGCCGCACUCCGCCGGCCCCUCUCUCGCCGCAGUCCCUCUUUGGCGUUACCUCCUGGUUCUACCGCAGCCGUCGCCGCCACCGCCACCGCCACCGAUUCUUCCCUCCCCUUUCCCUCCUGCAGUCCCCCUCCCCUCGUCCGACUACCCGACAUACCCGCUCGAUCUCCCCUCGUUCCUCGGUGCCUCUUCUCCUCCCGCGGGAAUCCCCUCCCGUGCGCCCCUCACGCGUGCCACGGUUUCGAGACCGGGACGCGCGGGAGUCAAUCGCUCGCGGACUUCGAUAGGACGAGCACCAUAGAGGUCCUUGCUCUUGCUCUCUUAGAACGCCUCUCUGUCCGAGCGCGUUCUUCGUGCCUCGUGUCACUGCGAUCUCGUGUACUUUCCGCGUUCUCGAUCUUCUCCUGACUCCGUUUUCUUUCUAUCGUUCCGCUUCCUGCUUUCAUUUCGCGAUUCCUUUCGCUUCUUCUAUAUCUUAGAAACGAAAGUUUGGUCGAAUUUUGAAAUCGAGAAAUUUCGGAAUAUAUCGCGACGCAGUUUUACAACUGUUGCGUAGCACCGAGUGUGGCUGAUUCGAGUAAAAAGAGGCAUAGACGCACUUAGAGAAGACAGCAGAGCGAACAACACGUUGCGUGGCGCGCCUCGGGACACCGCGUGGUCGUCGAACGAGAAACGCGAGUACCUUUCAGUAGUCGGAAGCCUGGCAUUCAAAGUUCACAGUGAAUUUUCACGAUCGACUCGAUAGACGUGAUCGUAACACACGGAGGCAAAAAAAAGGGUUAGCCGUCCGCGAAGAGCUGCCGGCCGAUGUUUGCGUAUGAAAAAACCCAGUCGUCCUCUUCCACCUCUUCCUCUUCUUCUUUCCGGCGUUCGCCUGCUGGCAGGGGGGCAACGUGCCGGUCGAUCGCUGUAUAAAGAACAAAGGGCCAACGGCGAUACUAACGACGACGAAGACGACGACGAGGAAGACGAGGAACGAGGACGGCGACAACGACGAGGAGAAGAACGUGGGAAGACAAAAACGUAAGAAGGAGGAAGGAAAGCGGACGAGAAAAAUAAAGAGUGGGGGGCUGACGCGUGCUACUACCGCUGUUACUUCCAACGCAACAAAAAUAGUUCAGUCUCCGCGGUGGAGGAGAGAUAGCCAGCGAACCAAAAGAGAAGGGAGAUAGUAGUGCCAGAGGAAAGAAUAGGAAUAUCGAAGUUAUCGUAAUAUACACACGCACACGUGUAACUUGCGCGUUAUCAACGUAAGGAGACCACGUAUAAUACGAGCGGCUGUAGUGAGUGCAACUUUCGGUGUGCUGAUGACGCAUUCGACAGUGAGAAAGAGCGAGAGCAGGCUACUUUCGAGAUAAACACGGGACGAGAUUCGUCACGAGCGAAAAUAAAACGGAGAUAAAUUAGGGCCCGAAUCGUGCGUGGAGCGAACAAGACGGAAGAAAAAAGAAAGAAGAAGAAUUUUAUUCCUGACGAGAGUAAGAUUUGGCAUUCCUCCCAUUCCCUGUACUGCCAGCAGUGACAGAGAGUGAUGCGCGCGCGAUCAGCUGUUCGAAGCCGCGACGUGCACCGUGCUUCUCUCUCGUUUGAUCGAUUGUCGUUCGUUAUAAAUUUUUGAUACGAUAUUCGUCGAAAUUCGAUCGAUCGAACGUCGAUCGCGAGGACCAUCACGCUUCUCGUCUUCAUAUACGUGUUUCGAGUCAAUGUUCCCGAACUACCUGUUGACGAUUUACGAGGGAAAAUCGACGCGGUCUGUUUCGACUUAAUUUAACAGUCGUGCUGUUGUUGGAGGUAACGUGGACAGCUUAGUUCUCAUUAUUCAUUCAAGAGUUUAUUCGUAACAGUUGAUUCAGUGGUAUCAUCGUGACAUGGCACAAAAACCGUCUAAGUAACUUCCCUUCUUGUCGGUCAUUGUGUUAGUAAAUACAAGAACCACUGAAGAUCGAUAUAUUACAGAAAUCGUUGUUAUCAUGUGUUCGAUAACAUUUCGCGGGAACAGUGUGAAAUCUUUCGCACGGACGUGUGUAUUACCGGUUGAAGAACAUUGACGUGCAAAAAAUUGGUGGCGUGCUUUACAAGUAUUUAGUCAUUGGAAGGAAAUCGAAUAUGCGACUGGUGAAACUUUUGGUGGCGGUGCGGCGCGCCGAGUGUUUUUCGAAGUGAAUGUUAUCGAGACGUUGUUAGUAUACGUCUUAUCUGUCGCUCGCAUCAGUGGAGUGACAGAGAAAAAGAGGAAGAGGUAGAGGGGGAAGGAAAGAAAGAGACUCGACGGAGUUCGGAGGUCACGGAACCGUUGGACGAUAUGCGGCACGCAAACUCGUUUCGACGAGCUGAGAAUUUCGGCCCGCGGAUCCAAGCAGCGCGCUCGCGUCGUCCGGACGCCAAUAGCGGCGUGAAACAGUGGUGAUAUGCUGGUCGAGGGACACGGGAACGUCGAUUCUAUUCCCGGCGUCUUUUUCUCGCCGGUUGCGUGACGUUCGACUGGCGGCGAGGAACAGAGUAUUAUAAACCGUACGCGGUGACGUUCUCGAGCGCGCGCGCGCUAACCUCUACUUCGCUGCUGGUGUGAUAGCUAGUCAAAGUGAUCGGAAGGGCAUUACGUUUAUUAUACGGGCAUCGGAGCAGUUACAUCGUGUACAAUAGAAGUAACGUAGUAAGAGUCAGAGGCUUCAAUGUAAAGUGUUAAGCUGUAAAGUAAGAAAAAGAAACUAGAGAUAUAUCGUACAUGUAUAUCUUUUCUAGAACAACGCACGAUUAAUAACGCAACAAAGGUGGAAGGAUCGUUCUCAUUCAACAAGAAAUGCUUGUGUCGCGCUGAUCAAAUUAUAUCGUUGUGAAAGAAAUAUCUGAGCAUACUAGUGACUUUUUCGCUACCUAUUUGUUGUGUAUGCGCCGUUACGGGACUUGCAAGUUCGGUUUGGUUACGCGCGAAAGAAAGUUGUUGCCGGUGGUGGCGCGCUGGUGGUGGUUCAAGCGUCUCCUGAAAAGCGCGGAAGACACGACGAAAGCGAAAGUACAGCGGUUGCGUUGGCGCGUUCCAGAAAAUGACCUUCAAGUUCCGCUGAGAAUCUUCCAUAAUUCAAACAGAGAGGAAAAAGAUGUAUUUGUAACGACGACAACUAUUUUAACGCGUAUCAUCAUUGUGUGAAAAAAGGACAUAUUCGCCGAUUAACGAUAGUGUAUUAGUGCAGCUAUUCCAGCAACAAGAAGAAGCCGUCGAAGGAGGGGCAUGGUGGGCACCCACCAACCAGGGCCACAGGCCCGGGUGGCCCCCCUGUAACAAGGAAAUCUCUCGCUAUCGAGCCAUUCGUGCUUCAUUACAUUGCCUGGAAUGAUGCAGCAAAAAUUCGUGAAGAGGACGGCCGAGGAGUUGGAGCCAGCCGGUGGUGGUAGCGGAGACGGUGGCUUCGGCGAGCCCCCCGUGAAGCUGCAAUGCACGCAGGCACAGCAUCAACAUCAACAGGGUCCCGGUGGCGGUGGUGGUGGCGGUCCCCAUCAUGGCCACGGCCAGCAUCCGGCUGGAAACGGCGCGAACUCUACGGGUCCGACGCAUGGCGGUGGUGGAGGUGGUGGCGGUGGUGGUGGAAACGAGGGACUGACCAAAUUCUCAGUGGAAAUUGUGCAACAACUGGAAUUCACUACAUCUGCGGCUAACUCUCAGGCUCAACAGAUCUCCACGAACGUGACUGUGAAGGCGUUGACGAACGCGUCGGUGAAGAGUGAUCUUCUGAACGCGUCGUCAUCGCCGAAAUCAGGUCCGGAUACGCCAGCAUCCGCGACGUCUAGGCCUCAGACUGGAAACGGGGCUGGAGGCGGGCCAGGCACUGGGAACGCUGGUACCGGAGCACCAGCUCCCGGUGGAAUCGGCUGCGUGGAUAUCGGUAACCUGGUCGAAUGCAAACAGGAGCCAGACAAUGAGUUCGUCGAUUUAGAGCAGUGCGCAGCCGCGCUGGAGAAAGACGCGGCAGCGAACGGCGCCGGGUUCCCUGCUUUUUCCGACUUCAUGGGCGAUGACACGGGCGAUGAAAUCAUCACCUCGGACGCGUUCAAGGAUCUCAUCUCGGAGAUUUCCGACUUACAUCCCGAGUUCAUGAAAGACUUCGAUUUCGAGGAGAAGAUCCCGGUGGAGGCAUUGGCGAACAACGCGGUGGUAGCUGCGGCUGCCGCCGCGGCAGCAAAUAACAACAAUAAUAAUAACAGUAUCGGGACGAACAACGGACAGAUCAAGAUCGAGGAUGACAAGGACUCGAUACACCAGCAACACGGGAACGUGAACAGCAAUAGUGUAAACAACGGUACAAGUACGAAUAAUGGUAAUGCCAACGUGCCAGCUAAUUCGAGUCCUGGUGGUCUUGGCUCUGCCCAGUAUUCUCCAGCCAGGCUACCUUAUUCCGGUCUGGACUUCAAGUCCGAGAUGAGCCCCGCCGCUCAGACGUUGAAGCAAAUGGCUGAACAGCAUCAACACAAAAGUCAACAGUUGAGUCUUGGUGGAUUCAAUCCUGGAGCCGCAGCCGCAGCUGCUGCCAGAGGACCAACCGCUCGUUCACCCUACGCGGAAUUUCCUCAAUUUGGUGGCACGUCCGACUAUCUGGGCAGCCCUGGCAGCGCUGGUCCACCCGGUGGGCAAUCUCAAGCGACCUCGGGCACUGGAUCGUAUCACAAGAACAACGGUACGUCCGGAUUCCAGAGUCAACAGACGAAUGACAUGUUUGUCAGCUCGCAAACUCAAUUCGCCACGGGCCUCGCUGACAUGAAGAGACCGCAGCCUGCCACCGGUGGCAAACCGACCAUGCUCGGACCAAGCGGAGGAUAUAAGCAGCAGUAUUCGCCAUACGGUAGCCCAGGAUCAAUGCCGAAUCACGGCAGCCCUGGGUAUCCGCUUCCACCAAGAGGCUCCCAAGGCGGCGGACCCAAUCAAACCGGAUCCCAAGGACCCUUCAGUAGCUCCACACCGCCUAGACCUCCCUCAGGACCUGGCACAUCCACUCUACAAAUUAACCAGGCACAGCAGCUACACAUUAACAACCCCGGACAUCAGAUUCAGGUGUCUGCGGGUCAGCAUAUGCAGCUAACAGGCGACCUGAAGCCAGGCGUAUCAGUGGCGGCGCAACAGGGCAUGUACUUCAACCAGCAACAGAACCAAAGUCAGUCAGGACCGGCCGGGCAAACGGACACGUAUUGUUCGGUUUCUCAGUCUCAAACGAUCAACUUCACGCAGCAAAGUCUGAGACAGAGAGCUGCGGCUGCAGCCGCGGGUGGCGUUUCCCAACCCGCUGGGACUGCAGCUGCACGCAACCAUCCCCAGCAAGUGCCGCCGAAUCAAGUGGAUCAACAUCAACACGCUAAGAUUCUUCAGCAGCAGCAGCUAAUGCGCGCUCAGCAGGUGAUGCAACAACAGCACAUGGCCGGAGGAAUGGGUGGCGUGAGACCACCGCCUCCCGAAUACAAAGCGGCGGCUCAGGCCCAAAUGAUGCACGCUAGUAUCAGCAUGGGUCAGCAGCCUAGGUUUCCCAAUACCGGGCCUAUGCGUAGGGUUACACAACAACCUAUGCCACCUUCAGGUCCGAUGAUGAGGCCGCAAAUUGCGCAGCAGCAGCAGCAGGCGUUGCACGCUGCUGGUGGCAACAUGUACAUGGGCGGUGGCGGUAUGGCCGCCAUAGGCGGAAUGCAUCAGAUGCAUCAGCGUCUUGGAUAUCCUAGGACUAACAAUCAACGGCCGCCUAACGUUAGUGUGGGUCCGCCUGAUGGCCUUGGAAAUAGUAUCGCGGGCCGCGGCGCCCAGCAGGAGUGGCGACACGUUCUCAUGCAGCAACAAGGCUUUCAGGCGCAGGCUUUGCGAUCGCAAUUUAACCAACAAGGUCACCAAGGUGGAUUCGGUAUGGGUGGCACAGGUGGAAUGCAGAUGAACGCCGCACAGAUGCAACAGCAUCAACAGUUGAUCCGCUCACAGAGUGGAGGUAUCGCUGGCUCCGGUAUGGCCAACAGCACUCAGAUGCAGCAGUUACUGUCGCAGCAACACCAGCAGCAAACAUUAGCCAUGCAGCAGAGUAAUAAUCAAAUGUCACUGCAGAUGCAAAUGUCGCAGUCCUCAUCAGUCAACUCUGUCAGCACUACCGGAACCGGUUCUCCCCUGCACCCGCAUCAACAGUACGGUGCUGGUAGUCCAGGAGUGCGCAGCCUGUCACAACAGCAACAGCAACAUGCGCAACCGCCGGCCACCACUACGGACCCUUCCGUAGCCGCAGCGGACUUUAGCCUCGAAUUUCUGGAGAACCUUCCGACCGGAGACACGUCGAACUUCAGCGCUCAGGAACUGCUGAAUUCCCUCGACUCUACGGCGGGCUUCAACCUCGAUAUUCUGUAAGACCACGCCUAUCGCGGUCUAUUCGGAAAAUCGGAUUUUAAUUCACUCAAAGACCGGUUCAAAACGCAAAGAAAAGUGAAAAUGUGAAAAAGAACGACGUACAAUGAUACAUACACGCGCUAGGAUCGAUCACCCCCUGAAAAAAAUGCUUACGUCCAUAAGUAGACUCGCUUUGACUGCACGCGCAGCAUUCUUCGUCGCGUGCUGCGCUGAUAAUUCGUUUAAUAGUUCCUUCGAGAUCGAUGAAUAACAACGAGACGUAAUCGUCGCAUCGAAAGAAAAUUAGUUGGUAAAAGUUAACAGGUUUACUGGCUUCGCGGAACGUGAUCGUACCAUUUGUUAGUCUUGAUGGUAAUAUGGCAAAAUUGUAGCGGUGAAUGGACUGUGAACGGAGUCGAAAGUAAACGAAACGAGUGAAAGGGGGCGAGGAGACAUAAGAUUAUUGAUUUCCGUGUUGUGACGACUACUCGUCGAACCGCGACGAUCACGGUUACCUGUAACGCGCGUCCUCCGAUGAUCAGACAUGUUCAUCGAUUAAUCUAAUUUGAAAACAUAUAGUCGGGGUGUUUGAUCCGGUCGAACCAGAAGUAAAUGACGGUCGGUAUCGCGACACGUGUAUAUGAUAGAUCCAUACGUGUAGUAGGUUUCCUUAGACUGUUCGAUGUUCGGCUUGCGGACGAUAGAGGGUGCGCGAGUUGAAAAAUUCGUUCGUCAGAGGGCAUCCGGUUCGACGUCUCGCUUGCAUGGAAACCGGUCGUAGUGCAUUUUCGGCAGCUAUCCUUCGGCUGGCGACUAUUCUUCUAGGCAAUCAUCUUUUAGUAAAAUUUAAUUUCUUAAACGAUAAACGAUCAAAGAAGCAGCAGAAACAAGAGAGUAAGAAAAAGAGAGGUAAAUAGAUCGAAAUAGAACCAGCGGACGGUCGACAGCGUGGGAAAUCAAGAGGCACGCGUAAAAAUUCGUCCCGUCGUUCGUUGCUCCGCAAACGUUUUAUAUUACAUAUACACAUAUAAUAAGAUAUAUAGUGACGUUUAAUCGCCAUGUAAGUGGCAUGUUCGAAUCCUUUUUCUUUCGCUGCUCCCCAUGUUCUCAAGUUUUCGCAGUGACGGUCGCACCGGAGUGAGGAUCGAUCGAUCUUUCUCUCUCGAGUGCACGCGUCGACGACACUGCGCGGUGACUUCGACGCGCACUCCACAAAACGACCAACGGUAGAAUUCUUUCUCUUGAUUUUUCACGCGAUGAUCCACGAUCGAGAAUCGUCAGCAGAUAGGCGAACAAAAGAAAAUAUCGUCCUAAUAAUCGUCGGUUCACGAUCGAUCGUGUCGUCGUUUUUGUUACAAUGACGUUCCAUUUAUCCUUUCGGUCGACGAUCGAGCGAAAGAACAUUGAAUCGUCGAUUCUCUUGAACGAGUCGACAUUCGACCGUCGCUGAACUUCGAUUUACAGCUAAUUACAUUAUUACAAUAAUGACAAUUGCUAGAGUUAAUAGCGUAUUUAAACGAUGCCGCGAACGAUCGCGUAUUCUACAAUUAACAGAAAGUCAAUUAUGAGAUAUAUUAUUCGAUUCCCGAUGAAUUACAUCGUGGCCUGCGACGACGGGCCAGUGUUUCGGCCCGAUCGAUCGGUCCACGUCUCGCAGGGUUCGCGUCGCGUUUGAUGAUGAGGAGAGAAAGAGACGGAGCGAGUAAGAGUGGGAGAGAAUGAAGAAACCCUUCCUAAGAACGCAGUGUUAGUGUUGCUACGGGAUAAGUUACAAUCUUGACUGUACAUAAAAAUACACGAUUACAUAAACACACACACACAUACACAUACACGUACACAUACGAGUUAGAAGAAAAUUCAGGACGAUAAGUUCGCAAACUUUAGCCGAUUAAAAUUUAAGAGCCCUACGAUAUAGGUGAAUAUUAUACAUAUAUAUAUAUAUAGAUAUAUAUUUAUAUAUAUAUUAUAUAUAUAUAAAUAUAUAUAUGUAUAUAUAUAUAUAUAUAAAUUAUAUAUAUAUUAUAUAUAUAAUGAUAAUAGUAAUCGAUGAUAACGCACGAUUCAAGAGCAAAUGGCGAGAAAUAGUGAUACGGAUGAAAAUAGAAAGAGAUAGAAUAUUUGAGAAUAUGGGAAAAAGAAUAUAAUUGGUGCGAAAAAAUGAAACGAAUGAAUCGGUGAGAAAGAAUGAGACAACGCGUGAUUGUGUAUGUGUGUUUCGCGGCGAUAAAGCACAUUUCCUCGAUCCGAGCGUAUUUAUUGAGUUUUAGUUCCAUAGAAUGUGCUCUGUCGCCGAAUUCGACAGGUUGCACAUGAAAUAAUUACGGUCAGCUGCGAACAUCGUUCUUGGUACGAUGAACCGAAUGCUCUUCUCGUGGAUAUUCCGGUUCUUUUCGGCUCUUUCGAAAUACCAAGAAUCGUUGUAACAGGAUAACAUUAGUACUUAUCGUUUGAUCCAUUUUCAGUCAGAAUUCAUGCGAAAUGUUCGAUUGAUACGGUGAUUUAUGAAAUGUAUCGAGCUACAGUUCAUCGUCACCAGAUGGCGGGUUCGCGACUAAUCUUCCAAAUAGUAAAUACAUUCCAUAGAUAAUGAAAAUGGAGUAUAGAGAUUCACGGUUCGUCUAAUCAAAACUAUCGUUUCUAGAAAAAGAGAGAGAGAGAAAGAAAGGUCGAAAUAGAUGAAAAAACAAAGUUUACGAGGUAACCAUCGAGAUAAGAUAGACGCACUAGAAUUCAAGAACACCGAGUGAAUAUACGGGACACCCGGUAGAAAGUAGAAAAGAAAGACAGCAGAGAAACGAGAGUGCAGGAAAGUAACGAAAAGUAAAAUAAUCCUCGACCGUUCGCCGAAAAGCGUGCACGAAUACUUUCCGAUUGGAGUUUCGCUCGUCAGUUGCAGUUAUAUUCAGCGCUCGAAUGGAGAUCGCGUCUCCGAUUUCGAGCAUGUUCGUGUCAUGCGAAAAUUAGCAAAAAGAAGACAGUACGCGCGCCGCGCGUUUCCUUUUUUUUUUAACGUAAAAUAAAUAAAUAAAAAUAAAUAAAGGAAGAAAUUUUGUUGAAUCGGACGAAACGACGUCAUUUAUUGUCUUGUAAAAUAUUGGGGCCAUGAAACAUAAUCUAAAGAAUGAAAAAAAAACGACAUAAAAAAAGCGAAAAAUGUGGAGAAAGAAUAAUAAUUAAAAAAAUGGGGGGAACGAAAGGGACAGGUGCUCUGAUCGUGUCACGUUGAUUUAAUGAGGACGUAUGAUGUAAACGGAGAGAAUCAAGCAUAGUGAUGAGAGUAACGAAGUCGCCACACGUGGUUGUUCUGUUCUCUUUGCUUUUUUCCAUGAUUCUUAAUAGAAGUAAUGAAUAUACAUACGUUUUUUCGUGGACGAACGAAAGCGAGAGAAUGCGAGAAUGCGAGAGAGAAAGAGAGCAUUAGGGACCAACCAAAAAGAGAGUAAAAAAGCGUGCAGUGGUGUCGAUUGUCGCGGUGGAUCGUUUUUCCUUUUUAUACACACGACAAAACGAGAGAGAACAAUGGAGAAAGUGAGACAUCAGUGCCUCGAAUUAUUUCGUGACAGAAUACCGGACUAACAGUUCUAAUCUUUAUUAUUUUCACGAAAAUCUUUACGCGAUGCAUACAAAAUGUGUUUCCGGUCCUCGUGAGUAUGCCACUCGAUCUUCCACGUUUUAGGGGAAAAAAAUGAAAGAGAAAAAUGGACAUAAAGAUUGAAAUAAGAUCCAUGAAAAAAGUUAACAACGAUCGAACUGUUUUCUCUUGCACUGUCGACAGUCGAUGUCGGUUAGACGACAUUUCAGCCGGAGCGGACAAAAUAAAAGAAAGGCUCCCGGGUAUGUGUCAGUUCAUCGAGGAGUCUCGUGCCGGAUAAAUAUAUACCUAAUUAUUUAUAAUAUUUAUAACUUUAUAUGAUACACGGGCAUUUCGCAUAGAAUAAAGUUCAUGUUGAAUUUCGAACUGUUAUUAAUAAAAAGCGUUGAGUUCCUACAAUCGUUUCUUUACUUCGCUUCUGGAUAAUAUUAUCGUCUCAUCUCACGACGAGUCGUAUAUUUCCAAAUCGAUUUUCCAUUUUCCAACACAACAACAACAAACGGAGAAACCAAAGAUUAAAACGGGAGAAAUCGACCGUGUAACUCGAUGAAAUUUCAUUCCCAAUGAUAAACAACGCGUGCAGGACGCGCCAUAAAUGUCGAUAAAGCGGUACUGUUUGCCGGGUUCCCCGUAACUUCGCUAAUUGUCGACUCGUGUUAAACCCGCGAUCCAUCGAACUGUUUAACGCGUUUCAAUGUCGGUUAUUUACACGCGAAGAAUAUAAUCGAAACACAGUUCCUACAUAGAACAACAGCCAGAAAGCGGCACAGAGCAGGACCAACCAGAGUCUCAUCGAUCUGUCCGCGAUCCUAACCAUUUCGCAUCUUCCAUUCAUUUUACGGUAUUAUAGGUACUUCCAAUGUUCACACGUCUCUCGUGCAAUCGAACUAAACGUUUCGGGGAUCGUUUCAUGCCUACACAGAUUUUCCCUCUGAUUGGGCCAUUUUUCGAAGUGCUCACCUUUUUAUCGAUUCUCUCCGGAGAGAAUCGGAGGCGGAUGCGUUUCUGCUCGAGGACACUACCGGCGAUCGCUGAAAAAUUCACGAUAGCGCUCAUCGAUCGACACGGUGAAAAAGAGACAGAGAGACCAAAUGAAAAUAGCGAAUCCUGACUGAUCCGGUGGUGGCGCACGCGAAGCGUAUCCACACUGUUUGCGCGAUAAUCCUAACGAAACUUCACUCAUUAUCGAUUCCUUCGAGGCUGUUGUUGCUAAGCGGAUUCCUCGCGUUCCGUGUUAAUCCUCGUUCCUCAUCGAACAUUUCUAUAUUAACAAAUAUUACGGUAUUACUCUCCGUGAGAGGAGGAACCACUUUGAUUGUUAUCUCAUAGGUGAAUCGGUUAACUCAUAAAAUUCAUUGUUUCUACGAAGACGACAUUUUCAUCUGCACCUCGACGUUCCGACACUAGGUCGAACGGCGGCGGCCUAACGCGUACGGUCGCGACGAACGCGGGGGCGGAAAGGGGCGGAGGAUCAAUAUCACGGUUAGGGAGAGACCAGACUGAAAAUAGGAGCGAGUGUAGGAGCAGCGAUGAGGGAUAAGGAUUACAAGAGGAGAGAGAAAAGGAAAGAGGAGGGAAGCCAACCCGAAAAUGUCAAUUCGCCGGCCUUGGCUCCUCGUGAAAUUACUAUCGUGGCAUAAGGGUAGAGCUCUAAACGGACUCUUACGGUUUUACGGGAGAAUUUCCCUCGGAUAGAGCAGAUGUCUAUGGUGAUGGAGAAAUAUUUCUGUGGCAUCGGAUUAUGAUUCUUGUGAGCAGUAACUCCAGUAGAUUCAGUUGAGUUUUAGGUCACGGAGGAUCAUAUGUAUCUAGAAGAUACAUAGUAAUUUGUUUUUGUAUCGUGUUUCGUUGAUCGAUUUGGGUUGUUCGUAGAAUUACGUUCAUGUAAAUCGUGUCAUAAUAGAAUCGUAUUUUUAGUUUCUGUUUUAUUAGAAUAUCCUGUUAAUUCGAAGUUUUGUUUUGAUUUAUUCGUUUAUUAAAUUUUGUUUUAGAUAGCUUCCGAAAUUGAUAUUUGGAGAAUUGACUGUGUCACUCUACCUAUCGAGAUUUAGUAUUUCGAAAUUCGCUCGAGAACCUUCAAUCUAUUUAGAACCUCGUUAAGAUUUGUCAACCAAAGUUUAUCCAUGCUUUUGUAAUUAUUAAAUAUUAUUUAAAAUCCAAAUAGUAUUAGUAUUUGAAUAAAGUCGUCGAUCUUAGAUUCGCAAUUCUAUGUAAGUAUGCCAAGGUGAAAAAGGGAUUGAUUUAUAAUCUGAUCGUAUUGAUAACUAUAUCCUUGGUUAAGUGUCGUCCUAUAUACCAAUGUGCAUAUUGUGCAAGCUGUACUGUGAUUAAUAAGUCUUUUCUUUCAUACAAAUUCGAGUGGGCCAAUCGUUUUUCACCAAAGUCCAUGAUUUUGAGAAUUAGUUCAUUAGAUGUUGUAUAUAAUGAACGAUAUAAGAAAAUGAAUUUGUUAGGGCAAUCUUACUUUCCUUUACUUCCAUUUCCAGUAGGUUACGACUAUUUGAGAUGAAAGUAAGAAAUAAGUAUUACUAAAGAUAAACGACAAAAGUGAAAUAGAAUAAUAUAUUCGGUUUGUAAUAGUUUGCAAAUUUCAUUGAUAGAACAUGUAAGUGCAAUGACGAUCCACUGGUCGACAUCGACAGAGCACGCAACGCUCCACUAUAUACACAACACCGAAUGGCUCAUGAAAAAUCUGUGGUGAAACUAUCAAUUAACUGACCUUUGCGAUCGAGAAAGGCAGAGUUCACGUAACUAUUCUGGAUUAGGACAAAUUCUCGUUUCGAAGUUGCACAUUCUAGCAACUACAAAUUACGUAAACACUGAAGACGUUUGGAUCGCGUAAAAAUCUCGAGUCCAAGUACAGUAGAGUAAAACAAACUUCCGGAAAUAUCUCGCGAAUUAUCUGUUGAAACAGACGAGAAGAUAUGAUUUUUUAAUUUCCAACGUAACGGUAAAUAUUUUGAUUAGAAGGAACAUGUUUGUUAACUCACAGUCGUUUUUUCCCUAAAACGGCGACAGAUCUGAAACGUUGAUCAUCCUUCGUCGUAAAAGUCAGCGAGAGUAAAAGUAUCGAGAUAUUUUCUAAGUUCUUGUUCUUGACAUAGAAGAAACAGUAACAAUAAAAACAUACACAUAUAAUUUCAAUAUAUUGCGAGAGAACAAAGAAAGAAAGAAAAAAAAAAUGGAGUAUAAAAAUGUGAAAAAUUGGACGGUACACCUAUAUUUCAAGGUUAUAUAAAACCAACUCGUGGUUCUUGUAUCCAGUUUAUUUUAUACUCGCUUGCCUUUUGUGUAGAGCAUCGAUUAGAUGAUUUUCUACUGAUCCUCUCUUUACAAGAAUACGAAAAACAGUCGUCGAGGUUGUCGCAAACAUCGAAACCUCUUUUUCAUACACCUCACUCAUGUACCGUCAUCCAGGGAAUUUCGUUUUUUCCAAGGACAGUCUCUACGACGAACACCCGUAUAUCCUCGAAAAUUUUAUUUCAAUUUGCGUUUUAAUGAACGAUCGGUUUUACGUGUUCCUAUUUCUUAUAUCAGAAACUAUAUUCAAGUUUAAACGUGAAUACCGAAUUAAUUAUUAAAACUCUCAGUUUGUCGAGGUUAUAGAACUAUAGCGAAUUUUCAAUUCGAAGAGACUGUUCUUUGCAACAACGAAAUCGAUUCAACGAGAGGAAGAGGCGAGAAAAAGCAGAGGGUGACUCAACGAGUUUGAGAAUAUAAUAAUUAUACAUAUAGUAUAUAGCUAUACAUACAUAUAUACACACACACAUAUCUAUAUAUAUACAUAUAUAUAUAUAGAUAUCUUUUUCUCGACAAUUCCUUCGAAUGAACCAAUUGAUUAUAUAUAUCUCACGGUAAAUGAAUACAAUUCAGAAUAAUGCUUGAGGGAUCAGUAUUUAUAAUACGCGAGGAGGUUUCGAUAAAUGCGAUAAAAUAAUAUUUGACCAACAACGAUGGCUACGACGACGACUCAGAAUCACGGCGACAGAAGCAUAGCGACGUAUCGGUUUCUUUUUUCCUUCGUCGUAUAUUGUAAAUAGCGUGUAGUAAGUCAGUAUGCGGUUGGUGGGAGGUAGGUAGAGACAAAGAGAAAGCGAGCGAAGCACGUGACUGUAAUUUUUGCGGCUGACGGAUAAUCGGCGAACACCGCCGCGCCACAGAGUCUUGAUGUUUUCUUCUUCGACCGAAUUGCGCGCGAGAGGGGAUCGAGAAUGCAAACGAAAGCCGUUUCUCUCCCUUCUCGGCGAGAAAUCGCUUCGAACAGGUCAUAGGAUACGGUCCGUGACGGUACGUAACGGGCGUGCACAGUGACAAUCUUGCGAAAUAAAACGGAACGAAAUAAUUAAUGAUUGAGAAAAUUUAAAAAAUUAAUUAUUGAAAGUCACUAUUUUAUGAAUGGAUAGGAUGAAUCGAUAUAUAACUAGAAGAAAAAAGAACGGGAGAAAGAUAAUGUAGAGCAAGAAGCGAAUAAUAUCGAUGUUGAUUAAAAUUCUGUUGAUUGAAAUUCUAAAUUCUUUAAUUACAAUUGUGAAUUAAGGAAAAUAAUACGAUAGGAAGGGUAAAGAAGAAUCAUACGCGAAACGGGAUGAACGUGCUAGCGCUUUCGCCGCAGAUCAAUCGACGCAGAAUCAAUACUCUUUCUUCAUGCUAUUGUUCUUAACGAGAUUGUGAUAUACUAUAUUGUUAAUGCUGUAACGAUAACUAGAUGCGCGUACGUAUAGAGGGCGCAUUGUUCGUCGCGCGGAAGUUUUAGUCAAAAAGAGGGCGCAGCAAGCGAUCAUCCCGGGGACUCGAAUGAAGCAGAUUCUUCGCGAGUGUUCGCCGAUAUAGUUUUCGAUGAUCCGUGCCGUGAAACUUACGCUUCGCCGUUUCUUUCCGUUCGCGAACACGUGAAAGCAGAUCGGUUUACCGAGAGAGAGAGAGAGAGAGAGAGAGAGACGAGACGAGGUAGCAAUAAAACAGUAGUGAAACAAACGAGGGGGAAAAAGAGCAAAACAAUAAGAGAUAAAGAAAGAGUUAGAAAUAGAGAGUGAGUGGACACGCGUUGAUUGGAUGGAGACGCGAGGGAAACAAUGCCUGUAAAUAAACGAACAAAACAGAAAAAAAAGAUGAAAGGAAGAAGACAGUGUUGCGUUAUAGUUAUUUAUGUUGCUGAUCGAAGCGAAUUCGAUAGUGAAUUAUUGUAAUAAUUCGUAAUUUAAGACGGAGAACGGAGGAAGAGAAAUGAGAAAUCAUAUACACAGAUUAUGUACAUAAGCUAAUGGGUAAUAUCUCCCUUGGUAAAGGAUAGUUUACGGAUAGUUAUUUUUAUUACUAUUAUUAUUAUUUCUAAGUAACUAUUAUUAUUAUCAUAUUAUUAUUGUCAUAUUAUUAUUUUAUUAUUAUUAUUAAUUAUUAUUACUUAUUACUAUUAUCAUUAUUAAUAUUAUAAUUACCAUUGUUAUCCUUCGGCCAAUGAUCUCAAAAGCAAGAUAAUAAUUGUAUUCGGAUGAUAGUGUUGCUAAAUCUGAGCCGAUUUCAAUUUUCAUCAAAGGCCACAGUGGGAAAAGGAUCACCGUUUUCGUUCAUACAUUCAAGACACCGAUUCUAUUUCUUCAUCUCUCGUGUUUUCUUUUUGUCGACUUUUAAUUAUUUCCUUUUUUUCGUUCAUUCAUUCGUUCCUUCCUUCCUUUUACUUUUAUUUCUGGCCUAUGUACUCUCUAAACAUGUUUAUGACGCACUCGAAGCGAAUUCUUCGUCUACGGUUGCGCUUCGUUUCCGGUUCUAGUAAAUUUCGUUACACUUCUAAUACGACGCGUGCAUUCUAAAAGAUAAUGAACGCGCGGUUUUUGAAUUCUUUCCUCCGUUUCAAUUUAUCUCGGAUCACUUAGACUUCUCUUGGCUUUAAGCACACGAUAAAUAGACGCGUGAUCAGAGAAUGAACGUUCCUUUUUUUUAUUGGGCCAUACAUUCUUUCAUUGCAUAAGAAAGAACAUAAACAGGCUAAAUAAUCGUUUAUAUCACUAUAGGUCCUGUUUAUAUCGAGUUAUUUUAUAAGUGUUUAUCAAAUGGGAACUACGCCCACUUAAAAGUCGUGAACUCUAAUUUUUAUUUUGUUUCAUCGUAUGUUACGUGCGAACGGCAGUUCUAAAUAAAACACGGAAGGUUAUUUGGUUUUGCCCUAGAUUCGUCGACGAAUCCUUUAAGUGAGGACAUUAAGAGAAAGAAAAGGAAAAAAGGAAAAAAAUAAAUAGCGGUUUAAUAUAAUGUAAUUCGAAAGUGACCUAUUAAAUGAAUGAAUUUAGUUAAAUCUGAUAGCGGUGCAACGCUGAUCAAAUUAUUCAUAAACAUGUUUUAUCAAACGAGAGUCAAGACAUUUUGUCAUGUCUUUGUAUAUUUUUAUGCAAUGUUGUAGAAUGAUAUUGUUUCAAAUAUAUUAUACAGAUAAUAAUAAUAAACAAAUUUAUAUGCCAUAA